AUGGCCUUUUUUACUCCUUUUUACAGGACUAUAUCAAAAAUUAAAAUUAAAACUUUAGAUAAGGUUAUCUAACCAUCUAAAAAUCUUUUUCCUAAUUUUUUUUUCAAAAUAUUACCUUAACAUAUAUUUGAGGAUUUGAAGCUCGAAACUAAACUAUCUCAUUGCUCUGCUAAAAUAAAUUUCUCUUUUCUUUAUAUUUUAAAACUAAUAAGGGACGUAUAUGUUUAACUAAUAUUUUCUUAUUCCUUGUUCAAAAUUAAAAAUAAAAAAUUGAGGAAAGUUGAUUAAAAUUGCCAUUAAAUAAAAUAAAUAAAUUAAAAAAAUCUUUACCUGCCAAAAAACAAUUAAAAACAAACAAAUAAAUAAACAAACAAAAUAAAUUAAUUGAUUUAAAACAAACAAACAAAUUUUAACUGA